UUUUUACAUUUUAUUGUUGCAUUUAAGUAUAUUAUACCGUGAUAAUGGUUGUAGGUAUGUAGAUCGCAACAUGCUGUCGAUUUAAAUUUUUUGGAAUUUAGGAAACGUUCGAAAAACACUGUUGGAACGUAUUUACUUACACGUGAAAAUUCUUUUAAGACCCCCAGCAUUUUAAACUUUUAAAAAAAGGGAACAGACUUCCUCGUUGGUUUGCAGCCGCGCAAAGGUAACAGUAAAGGUUUCUUCGCUUUUUAGGUCAAAAACACUACACCUUUAUUCAAAUCCAGCCACUGAUGAGUUAAUAGAUUGUGUGUAGCGCCAAAGUGAAAGUAACAGUCUCAUCGACUGUCGUCCUUUACUCAGCGUGUGAUUCUCGUGGUACUUUCGAGUGAAGAAGGCUGUAGGCGGGUGUAUAUACACUUAACAUAACAUAAAGAAAAGGGAGUUUCCGAGUCUUUCGGGUGGACGUUGCAUUGAAAAAGGGGCGAAUUUACUACUUCGGCCAGUCCUCUGCAUGCCUGGAAGUGUCAGCGGUCACAUCUACAGGUUUAAGCAAACAACUGCUGUUUAUUGAAAGUGCUCUGCAGAUGGUGUUCCACUGAGGCAACGUGGGUCAUCGAAUCGAAAGGUACGUUUUCAACAUGUUAUGACGCCAAAAUUUGAAUCGUACAUCAACAGUUGACCAAGAAGACAGAAGAUUUUUCUGGAAUUUAGACAUAUUACAGUGCAAGCAGAGAAUAAGCAGGAACAUGGUCCAGUCUGAAUGUCGGCUCCUCAGGGGGCUGCUGGGUUUUAUUUGUCUAUUUCCAGUGUGCAUGAGCAUAUCAUCAGAUCUAUGUCCAUCUCUGAAAACAGUACGGGACAGCUUAAAUAUAACCCUAAGGAGACGUUUUAUGAAAAUUAACUUCCCCAUUAACUAUACUAUUCAAGUGCAUUAUGAAGAGGUGUUCAGACUACGUAACAUCAGCAGGCUGAAAAUGGAUUAUGAAGAGGAGCCAGUGCAGCAGAGAGAUCUACAGGAUUUGUGGCUUUGGGUUAGUCAGCAGGGGAUAAAGAGGGUUUUAAGGGUGCUGCCUGAGAGACAUCCUACACGCCAUAAAUACCUCUCCAAUCUGGAGAAUCUCUUCAGAGAUUUUGAGGCAUUUUAUAACCAAAACCAUCCGGCAGAUGAACAGAGAAUACUUCCAGAGAGAAUACAGAACAUCUGGGAUCACUUGACAGACCAAAAUUACGAGGGAUGGAGGUCUGUUACACCCAAGUCAAUAUUGGACAACUGUUAUAGGACCAUGCUUUGCCUGUUCAAAGAGUGCUUCUCAAAAGAGGAUGAAAAUUAUGAUUAUUGUGAAGUCCUCAACUGGAGGAAAGGGAAGAAAACUACAUAGCGGCAGAUCUAAACGGAUCUGAUCCUGUCUUCGUGUUGCUGGUGUAGGUGUAAAAGGGUGUUACCCGGUUUAUGUAGUGACACGCAGCAUGCUUGUGUGCCUCUUGUAAUAGUGAAGUCACUGACUGCCUCCAUUGGGGUCGCCCGUAUGGAAAAAUUCAACAGCCGUCACACCAGUUGGAAGACACUCUACUGACCCUGCAGCCAUUGCUCUCCAUCAUUCAGAACAUUCAUACCUCCAUUCACCUGCCUGCCAACUUGCAUAUUUAUGCAGUAUUUAGCUAACAAACAAUCAUGUCUGCACUGUGUGUGUGCUCUGUGGAGGAGAGCAGCUUUGACUCUUCGCUGUAGCAUUUACUAUUGGUAGUUCUAAAAAAAGUCUUUGCCACUGUGACUUGUAUUUUUGAGGAAAAUCCAUAUUUUGUCCUUGAUGUAUGCCAGAACAAUAUAUUAUCAUUGCCACAUUGUAAAUGUUCUCGUAAGGUUUAGAUAAGAUGUAUAAAUAACGUGGAGCUUAUUUUUUACACAUAUCAUUUGCAUGCAAAUGUUGUGCUGACUGCUGGCUUAGUUGGCAUUGUUGCUUUUACCCAGAGGUUCUUUACUUUGUGCUUUACUGCUGGUCAAAUGUUGAAAGUUUGCAGCAAUGCAUUUCUAUAAAAAAGGGUUUUUUAAGGUGAUUAUGAGGGUUUGAUAAUCAGGUUUGCAUAUGUUUUAUACACAGAUUUUAAUCUAGGUUAUUUAUUUGGACUCUUGCCACAGAAUGUUCUGGUAACUGUUGUAAUAUGGCUUGGAAAAUAAACCUCACUAUCACCGCCA